AUGAAAAAUUACAAAGUUUUUAAAAAUAAAUACAUCCUUAUAGAAGAUAUAAAAGGAACACACCAACCUUUUCAUAAAGAAUACACAAAACCACCACAACUAUCACUAAAUAGUAAACCUUUAGGAUGUCCAUUUCAAGAAAAUAAAAAGUUUAAACCAAGCAGUAAAAAAAGAGGCCCGAAAUCUGGAUUUUGUGAAGUUUGCUAUAAUAAAUUUACUGAUUACGAUUUACAUGUAAGGGAAUAUGAACAUAGAGAAUUUGCUAGGGAUUCUAAUAAUUAUAAAAAAAUUGAUCAUUUUAUUUCUACGACUAAAUUUUCAAGUGAUGAAGAAUGUGAAAUUUCUAGUUCACCAUUGGGAAGAUUUACAAGUUCAGCACAAGUUUGUGAUUUUGAGCCUGUUUAUGACAGAAUAUUACAUUUAAGUAGAAUAAGCACAGAUAAUAGUGAGAAUUUAAAUGAUGUUGUAAAUAUUAAAGAAUGGCUUAAAUCACUAGAAUAA